GCCUGAGGAUUGUAAGAACUGUCGGUGGCUCCUCUGUUUUUGUUGACUUCUCUCCUGCUCACAACCAGUCAGCAGUUAAGAAGCCCUGACUCCGGAAGGCUGUGUGGGAAAGGAUAGUGUGUUCUGGAACGCUGACAUCAGGGCUUCCUUUCUGACUAAGAAUGAAUGUUGACCAGGGCAGUGAUGGCGACAGGGCAUUGCAGCCAGAGCUCAGCUGCCUAGGAGAUGAGACCCUAGCUUCCACUCAAGAGAAAGAAAGCAGCAUCUUGGUGUCCUCUAGUCUCACUUACCCCCUAACUCCCAGGGAUGAAGACCUUGUACUUGACUGUGCCCCUCAGCCAGCAGGCCUGCAGGCUCCUCACAUGAUGCCACUUCCUGAAGACAGCAAGGCCUCCUGCUUCCAAAGUGGGAGCAAGCGCAGCCACGAGCCCUUCAUUGUUGCAGAGAGAUUCGGAAGCAGCGCUGUAGGCUUUGGAGGUAGCUCUCACUCCCAAGCCCCAGAGAAAGUGACGCUUCUUGUAGAUGGCACGCGUUUUGUGGUAAACCCUCAGAUUUUUACGGCUCAUCCGGAUACCAUGUUGGGAAGGAUGUUCGGACCGGGGAGGGAAUACAACUUCACAAGGCCCAAUGAGAAGGGGGAGUAUGAGAUCGCAGAGGGGAUCAGCGCCACUGUGUUCCGCACAGUGCUGGAUUAUUACAAAACUGGCAUUAUCAACUGUCCAGAUGGCAUCUCUAUCCCAGAUCUUAGGGACACAUGCGACUAUCUCUGCAUUAACUUCGACUUCAACACUAUCCGAUGUCAAGAUCUGAGUGCUUUGCUACACGAGCUGUCCAACGAUGGUGCCCACAAGCAGUUUGACCACUACCUCGAGGAGCUGAUUCUGCCCAUCAUGGUGGGCUGUGCCAAGAAAGGAGAGCGAGAGUGCCACAUUGUUGUGCUGACAGAUGAGGACUCCGUGGACUGGGAUGAAGACCACCCCCCACCCAUGGGGGAGGAGUAUUCUCAAAUUCUUUAUAGCUCCAAGCUCUACAGAUUCUUCAAAUACAUUGAGAAUCGAGAUGUUGCUAAAACAGUCCUAAAGGAGCGUGGCCUGAAGAACAUUCGCAUUGGAAUUGAAGGUUACCCUACCUGUAAAGAAAAGAUUAAGAGGAGACCUGGUGGGCGGUCUGAAGUUAUCUACAAUUACGUGCAGCGCCCCUUUAUCCAGAUGUCAUGGGAAAAGGAGGAAGGAAAGAGUCGACAUGUAGAUUUCCAGUGUGUUCGCAGCAAAUCCCUCACUAACUUGGUGGCUGCUGGAGAGGACGUCUUGGAAGACCAGGAGAUAAUCAUGCACCACCCACCGCAAGUGGACGAACUUGACCGGCUAAAUGCCCCACUCUCUCAGAUGGCUCCGAAUGACUUCCAGGAUUAGGGAUAAAUGGGGUCUGCCCAUUGCCGGAGCUCUUCUCUGUGUGGAUACCCACC